AUGAGUUACUUAUUUUGUUUUGUUUUGAGUGCUGUGUUCGCCUAUUCCAGUGCUGGACUAUUUCGGGACGUAUUAUAUUCCGAUUGGAUAACAUGUAAUCACGAUAAAUUUCUAAACUACGGUGUCAGCGAGGUACAAAUAUUCUUCUACGACUUCCAAAACAACUUCAAUUUAUCUUUUCCCAUCGAAUUUGCAGUCGAAGGCAUCACAUCCAGUUACAAUUUGGAUAUAACACGCCGUCUCAUAUUCUUCAAUCCAGGAUACAAAUCUCACAUUUCUAAAAAUACCGAAGAAUUGGUCAGACAAACCUUUAGCGAUGUACCUAACAUUUAUCUUAUUAUUGUAGACCAUUCUAUGUAUACCUCAGCAAAGGGGGGCAAAUUCGCUAGCUACGAAAGAUCAGUAAGACAUGUCUACUACAUCGGAACAGCUAUUGGAAACUUUUUGGCCGGUCUUCAAAAACAAGGGUUCCCUUCAAAUAACAUACAUUGUAUUGGUCACAGUUUGGGCAGCCAAAUGCUUGGAUACGCAGGAACAAGAUUCACAGAACUGACGAACGAAAAAAUUUGGAGGAUCACAGGCUUAGAUCCAGCUGGUCCUUGCUUUUCUAACGGUUCAGUCGAAGAUCAAAUCAGAUCUGGUGUUGCUAACUACGUAGAAGUGUACCACUGCAAUGCUGGAGGUUUAGGAACUACAUCAGUGUUAGGCGAUAUUGAUUUCUUCUUUAACAAAGCAGGGAAGAAGCAACCGACCUGUCAUUCAGGCAUAAUUCCUGGGAAAGGAGAGAGUGAUGCUGCUAAGUGUAGUCAUAAAGCCUGUGUUAGAUAUUAUACUGAAUCUGUGCAUUUAAAGACCGGUUACUUGGCAUGGGCUUGUGAUUCAUACGAUCAUUACUCUAAAGGGAGUUGCUCCGUGAAUCAGGUAACGAUAGCCGGUUAUAAUAAUCCUGGGAAUGUUACAGGAACGUUUUAUGUUUCUACGGAUAUGUUUGGAGUGUAG